CUAGCCACGUUUACACCAGAACACGAAAUGUUAACAUUCACCAUGGAAAACAAGAUGAACAAUCAUUGCGAUAUCUAGCGAAAUAACCGCUUGAACAUAGAUUAACUAAAAGCUGAUAACAAAUUUUUCUUAAAUUUAAAUUUCGUAAUAUUUAAAACAGUGUAUUGACUGAUAAUUCUGUCAAUUAAUGAAAUUCAGUUAAACUAUGAUUCUAAUCGCAAUCACCGAACCGGAUGUCGGUAACCGGCAUAGUGAUCUUCGCCGUGUGGCCCAACAUACCAAAAAAAGCAAAAAUUGAAGAAGAACUGAUCGACAGAAAACAAAAACUUAUCGUUUGGUAGUCUGUGACUGAUUUGACAGUUUUUAUUGAUAACCUAUUUUUUAAGUUUACUGGAAAUUGUUUGGAUGGGUACAAAAAGAUUUUGUAAACGUAUGCGACUGGCAUUGUUUCAGCUAUACACCACCGGAUCACCACUUCGAAAUUAACCAGCACUCCUAACUACUACUAUUUGUGGUAUUCCUUUUAGGAUCAAACAGGCUCUAUGAAAUGGAAAACGAAGGAACAAAGAAAAAACUUGAAGACUGCGACCGAUUAAGAAUUCAUAUUCAGAACAUUGAUGGAUCGGUGGUGAAAAUCCACAAAAAUCUGUCUUCCAUCAAUAUCACUGUUCCAGAAGAUAAUUAUUCCAUUGCUAACACCACCUCGGAUUCCUUCGGCGUCGAACGUCAAAAUGGCGCCGGUGGUUCCCCCAAGGGUGACUCCAGGUAUAACCCGACCACGCACGGUAACGAUACCGUGAGACUGAACGUUACUGGCAUGACCUGUCAAUCAUGCGUCAACAGUAUUCAAGACAGUAUCGGUAAAAGGCCCGGAGUCAAUAGGAUUAAGGUUAGUUUAGAAGAUAACGCUGCCGUUGUGUCGUUCGAUCCUGCGUUGACGACCGCGCGAGACAUCCGCGACGCCAUAGACGACAUGGGUUUCGAGGCGACGCUGCCGGCGUCGCACGGCGCCAUCGGUGAGUGCGUCGUCGAAAUCGGCGGCAUGACGUGCAACUCGUGCGUCCAAAGCAUCGAAGGUAUGCUGUCCACCAAACGAGGCGUCGAAUCGAUCAAAGUGGACCUACAGGCGAAGGAGGGUCGAGUGCGAUAUCGUCCCGACGAGGUGAAGCCAGGAGAGAUCGUCGAACAGAUCGAGGACAUGGGAUUCGACGCGCGUAUUAAAAGCGUCGACGGCAAACCGGUCAAAAUGGAAAAGAGUGCCAUUGUCGCCAAUGGAAGUUUAAAAAAAGGAUUGAACGACGCGGAACAGGAUUUGAACUUGGAGAAAUGCCAAAUACAAAUUAACGGCAUGACGUGCGGCUCGUGCGUGGCUGCAAUCGAAAAACACGUCAAAAGGAUACCCGGUUGUCACAAAAUUUUGGUCAGCCUCUUGGGGGCCCGGGCCGAGGUGCAAUUCGACCCGUUUUUGGUGACUCCGCCGGACAUCGCGGCGUCGGUGACUGAGCUCGGGUUUCCCGCAUCCGUAAUAGUGCAAAGCGGAGCCGGACAGUACGAGGUUAACCUCGAAAUAAACGGCAUGACGUGCGCGAGCUGCGUACACAAGAUCGAAAGCAACGUUUCGAAGAUGGCGGGCGUGAUGAGCGCGCGGGUCGCCCUCACUACGCACCAGGGUAAAUUCAAAUACGACCCGGAGGUUACAGGCCCUAGAACCAUCAUACAGGCCAUCAACGACUUGGGAUUCGAGGCGAAGCUGUACUCAAGCGACGGUAGCGACCACCGGCUGCGGCAGAGGGACGAAAUAAAGAAAUGGAAGCGCAGUUUCCUGUUCUCGUUGGCGUUCGGCGUCCCGUGCAUGGCGGUGAUGAUGUAUUUCAUGACGGUCAUGUCUGCCGGUCACAUGUCACACGAGGACAUGUGCUGCGUCGUACCCGGUUUGUCGAUGGAGAACCUGUUAAUGUUUCUGUUGUCGACGCCCGUACUGGUUCUCGGCGGUCGCCACUUCUUUGUUCAAGCGUACAAAGCGAUCCGACACCGCACCACCAACAUGGAUGUGCUGAUCGCGAUGGCGACGUCGAUCAGUUACACUUAUUCGCUGCUCGUCGUGUUGGCGGCCAUGAUCAUGCGUCACACCACCUCGCCGCAGACGUUUUUCGACACGCCGCCCAUGUUACUGGUGUUCAUAAGUUUAGGUAGAUGGCUCGAGAGCAUAGCGAAAGGCAAAACUUCGGAGGCGUUGAGCAGAUUGCUGUCGCUGAAGGCGACCGACGCCGUGAUAGUGACGUUGGGCGCGAAAGGCGAGGUCGUUACCGAAGAGACUGUCAAUGUGGACCUGGUGCAAAGGGGCGAUCACCUGAAGGUGAUACCGGGGGCCAAAGUUCCAGUCGACGGAAAAGUACUGCAGGGCCAGUCGAUGUGCGACGAAAGCCUGAUCACGGGCGAGAGCAUGCCGGUGCCGAAGAAAAUCGGCAGCGCCGUGAUCGGCGGCUCGAUAAACCAGCACGGGUUGCUCGUGGUCGAGGCGACACACACCGGCGAGGCCACCACCCUCUCUCAAAUCGUCAAGCUGGUCGAGGAGGCGCAGACAUCGAAGGCGCCCAUCCAACAUUUGGCGGACAAGAUCGCGGGCUACUUCGUACCGGCCGUGGUCGGCGCAUCGCUAGUCACGCUGAUCGUGUGGACCGUCAUCGGGUCGUUGGACAUCGACAGGCUGCCGGUGUCCCCGCACGAUCGCCAAGGUUUCACCGACACCGAAAUCCUGUUGCAGUUUGUGUUCCGCUGCGCCCUCAGUGUGCUCGCGAUCGCGUGUCCCUGCGCGUUAGGCCUGGCCACGCCCACUGCCGUCAUGGUCGGUACUGGAGUCGGCGCCCUCAACGGCAUACUCAUCAAAGGGGCGGGACCUUUGGAGAACGCGCACAAGAUCAAAGCGAUCAUGUUUGACAAAACGGGCACCAUCACCAAAGGCACCCCCGAGGUGGCCAAGUUGUGGAUGCGGGGCGACCGCUACGCCCCCGCCGUCGUGUUGGCGGCGCUCGGAUGCGCCGAGGCUAACUCGGAGCACCCGAUCGCGGCUGCCAUUUUGAAAUACGUGCGGGACGCGUUGGGAUGCGAGCCGAGCGGCACCACAGCCAACUUCCAGACGGUGCCGGGUUGCGGGCUGAAGUGCGACGUUUCGAACCUGUCGGAAACGGUGGGGAACGCGCGGAACAGCCCGGAACUGAGCGGCUUCGCGUCGCUCGUCGCCGCCGGCAGUUCCGGCACGUUCAAGGUUAAAGGGGUCGACGUCGAGGUGUCGCAACCGGCGUCGUCGACGACCACGAAAUUGGGACAGCUGAUCGGGAUGGGGGGCGACGCGCCCGACGACGGACGCGGCGAGUACCAGGUGAUCGUCGGCAAUCGGGAGUGGAUGAAGAGGAACGGGCUCGCGUUGACGCCCGAAGUCGACAAGGAGAUGGUGACGGAGGAGGAGGAGGGCAGGUCGGCGGUGCUGUGCGCGAUCAACGGCGCCGUCGUCGCCAUGGUCAGCGUCGCCGACAUGGUGAAGCCGGAGGCGCACCUCGCGGUCUACGCGCUGAAGAAGAUGGGCAUCGAGGUGAUUUUGUUGACGGGGGAUAAUCGGCAGACGGCCGCGAGUAUCGCGAAGCAGGUGGGCAUCGGGAAGGUGUUCGCGGAGGUGCUGCCCUCGCACAAAGUCGCCAGAGUUCAAAGGUACCAGAGCAAAGGAAUAAAAGUGGCGAUGGUCGGAGACGGCAUAAACGACUCGCCGGCACUAGCGCAAGCCGAUGUCGGUAUGGCGAUAGCGUCCGGGACGGACGUCGCCGUCGAAGCGGCCCACGUCGUCCUCAUGAGGAACGACCUCCUCGACGUGGUCGCUUGCCUGCAGCUCAGCCGCAAAACCGUCAAUCGCAUACGUCUCAACUUUGUAUUCGCGAGUAUGUACAACCUUCUAGGAAUCCCGUUGGCUGCGGGCGCUUUCAGCACCUUCGGGUUCACGUUGGUGCCGUGGAUGGCCAGUGCAGCCAUGGCGAUGAGCUCGGUUUCGGUCGUUGCUUCGAGUUUGCUGCUGAAACUGUGGCGCAAACCGACCAGGAAAGACCUGGAGACUGCUGAAUACCUGAGCAAUCGGUACCAGUGGACUUUGGAGGCGGUGUCCGUGCAUCGUGGCUUGGACGAUGCCGAGAGCGUCGGGGGCGGUAGCCCGUCAAUGCUGUCGAGGUUUUUAGGAAAAACACGGACGGGUGCGAAAAACAGGUUGCUGUCGAGUGCCGACGAAGAAUCCGACAUUGCUUUCCGUAAACGACUGGAAUUUGAUGUGGAGGAGCCCUUAAUAUAAUAGAGGAAAUGUUCUCCAAUGAAGUUACUUAAGUUCCGAGUAUCAACGGAUUUUUUAAAGAAAUAUUUAUCGAAACCUUUGUGUGAUAUUUAUAUACUUAAAAAGUUUACAUAUAUAUACAGAAUAAACCUCCUUUUCGCAUAAGUAAUAUCGUUUUUAUUAAUCGACAAUAUCAAAAACCGGAAAUUAUUCAAAAAAUUUAUUUAAAAAAAUUAAAACAACAAAAAAAACCUCUAUAUAAAUAAUAAGUAAUAAAUUAAAUGUCAAACUGCAAAAAACAAAAAACUGAACAAACAAGAGGCGUGAUUGUUUGUCGCCAACGCAGAAUUACAGACAGAAAAAAAAAAAUAAAACAAAACUGAAAACAUUUAAACACCAAAAAAACCUCUACAUGUAAUAAACUAAAUAAACUACUCGAAUUAUGUUUGAAUAGAUUAAAAAACAUUUUCUAAUUGUGUAAUGUACAAUUAUUAUUUAGUAUUAUUUAAAAUUUAUUCAAAUUAAAAUAAAAGAAACAUUUAAACAACCAAAAAACUAUAUAAUAAACUAAUAAACAACUCUAAUUAUAUUUGAAUAAAUUAAACUUUUAAACUGCAAAAACAGAAACUAAACCAAACUGAAUUCAAAUUGAACACAUGAGACGCCAUUGCUUGCCAAACAAAAAUAAAAGAACCACUCUAGUUAUGUUUGAAUAAAUUAAACAAUAUUAUCUAAUUUUAUAAUUUGUUAUUAAAUUAUUAUUUAAAAUUUAUUCAAACAAAAAUAAAAUAAACAUUUAAGCCGCCAAAAACUAUAUAAUAAACUAAUACUCAACUCUAAUUAUUUUUGAAUUAAUUAAACUUUCAACUGCAAAAAAGAAAAACCAAACCAAACUUCAUUGAAACGCGUGAGGUGCCAUGGCUUACAAAACAUUUAAAACACUAUUCAAAUAAAAAUAAUGCAAACGUUUAAAACAAUAACAAAAAUCAAUAAAUUAAACUUUCCAUUCCAAAAAACAAAAAAACAAGGAAUUGGCUAGAGUGCAUUCAACAAACUAAAGUAACACGGAAAAAAAAUUAAAUAUAUUCCUAAAAUAACACAACGAAACGCUGAUAUGACGUAAACAUUUUCAAAAAAAUAACGAUACUACACCAAACUCCCUCACAAAAAAAACCAGUUUAUUUUAUCAUGCGUAACAAAAAACUUCGACCUGAUUUAUUUCAACGCAAAAAUAUCCUUUUUUAUUUUAAUAUCGAUUAAGUACUAAAAAUAAAAUAUUGUUACUGAAAUGGCCCUAAACUGACAUCAUACAUAUAGGUCACAUGAUCUUAUUUACCUAAGUUCCAAACUAAUGGUAAAACGAAAAGAAAAGCGACUUGCAUACCACGGUAAGAAAAUUCUUAAAUUUGUACAUUAUUUGUAAUGAUAUGCCCUCGAAUACACCUAAAAACUAAAAGAAAACAAACACCUUAAAACUAAAAACAAAUAGAAGACCAUCUCUUUGUACUACAAAAAAAACCUAUAAACCUAUAUUAUAAAAAAAAUAGCAAUAAUAUAACAGAAUCCUAAUAUUAACAUAACACAAAAAUUUAUAGCGAAUUGAAGCAAAGACUAAUACUGUGACAUUUUUGACCGUUUCACGACUUUUGUUAAUAAUAAACCCGGCUUUUUGGCGAAUUGAAAAUAAAUAGUGUAGCCAUCUUGGAUUUUUUGAUACAGGGUGUCCAAAAAUUUUGAAAUCACCAAACGUGUAUAAAAUCCAAGGUUACAUUUACGUUUGCGUUAUUUUUUGUUUCGUGAAAAAGUGUGAAAUUAUCAAAAAAUAGGACACGCUGAACGAUACUGCGUACACAAAAAUGCAUUAUAGGCCUUUAAUGGAAAAAUUUGGUCAAACCAACUAAAACAAUCUAACUAAAACUGAAAGAUAUCGAUCCUAAACAAAAUUAACUAUAUACACAGUGUUUACUGGCAGUGAGAACCCCGAAUGUACAAAUGGGAAAGGGCCACUAUGCAGCAAACAUUUUUUACCUUUUGAUCAACAUUUGAGCGAUUAAACUAAGUUAAUCUAAAUAAAGCUAACAAACGAAAAAAAAACGACUUACGUACUACAUUAAGAAAAUCCUUAAAUUUUUACGAUUGUAGUCCUAAAAAGGGAAUUAUCCAAAACAAACUAAAAAAAAAAAACAAUCUCAAACCAACUAAAACAAUCAAACUAAAACUGAAAGAUAUCGAUCUUAAACAAAAUUAGCUAUAUACACAAUGUUUACUAUCAGUGAGAACCCCCAAUGUACAGGUGGGAAAGGGCCACUUUGCAGCAAACAUUUAUUUACCUUUUGAGACAAACAUUUGAGCGAUUAAACUAAGUUAAUCUAAAUAAAGCUAAUAAACGAAAAAAAACGAAAAAAAAAAACGACUUACGUACUACAUUAAGAAAAUCCUUAAAUUUUUACGAAUGUAGUCCUAAAAAGGGAAUUAUACAAAACAAACUAAAAAAAAACAAUCUCAAACCAACUAAAACAAUCAAACUAAAACUGAAAGAUAUCGAUCCUAAACAAAAUUAGCUAUAUACACAAUGUUUACUGGCAGUGAGAACCCCGAAUGUACAGAUGGGAAAGGGCCACUUUGCAGCAAACAUUUUUUACCUUUUGACCAACAUUUGAGCGAUUAAACUAAGUUAAUCUAAAUAAAGCUAACAAACAAAAAAAAAACAACUUAAGUACUACGUUAAGAAAAUCGUUAAAUUUUUACAUUUGUAAAGAUAUGCCCUCGAAUGUAGCCCUAAAAAGGGAAUUAUCCAAAACUAAUAAAAACCAAACUAAAAAAAAACAAUCUCAAACCAACAAUCUAACUAAAACUGAAAGAUAUUGAUCCUAAACAAAAUUAACUAUAUACACAAUGUUUACUGGCAGUUAGAACCCCGAAUGUACACAUGGGAAAGGGUCACUUUGCAGCAAACAUUUAUUUACCUUUUGACAAACAUUUGAGCGAUUAAACUAAGUUAAUCUAACUAAAGCUAACAAACGAAAAAAAAAACUUACGUACUACUUUAAGAAAAUCGUUAAAUUUUUACAUUUGUAAAGAUAUGCCCUCGAAUGUAGCCCUAAAAAGAGAAUUAUCCAAAACUAAUAAAAAACAAACUAAAAAAAAAACUAUAAAAAAAAACAAUCUCAAACCAACUAAAACAAUCUAACUAAAACUGAAAGAUAUUGAUCCUAAACAAAAUUAACUAUAUACACAAUGUUUACUGGCAGUGAGAACCACGAAUGUACAGGUGGGAAAGGGCCACUUUGCAACAAACAUUUAUUUACCUUUUGACAAACAUUUGAGCGAUUAAACUAAGUUAAUCUAACUAAAGCUAAUAAACGAAAAAAAAAAACGACUUACGUACUACGUUAAGAAAAUCCUUAAAUGUUUACAUUUGUAAAGAUAUCCCCUCGUAUGUAGCCCUAAAGAGGGAAAUAUCCAAAACUAAUGAAAAUCAUCUCUUUGUACUACGAAAAACCUAUAUUAUAUAAAAAAUAGCAAUGUUACAAAAUUCUUAUAUAAUAAAAAAUAUUUCAAUGAGUUUAAGCUAAGACUUAUCUUCAAUUUUUUUUUGUUUCCCAUCUUUGACGGUUUCACGAUGUUUGUUAAUAAUAACACGCCUUUUUGACAAAAUGGACAUAAAUGCUCCAGAGUGAUUUUAAAAUGUUGCUAGUUAGCUUAUCGAAAAGGUGGAAAUUGUUUAUUUUAAGUAGAAUCCAGUGACGUAGUAAAUUUUCACCUGAAACGCACUAAAUUUGUUUUUUUACAUGUGUUUUAAUAAAUUUAUUCAGCUUGUUAUAGGCUUCAACAUAUACGAAGUAUUUCAAAUUUUCAGUUUC